GAGAUAAGCAACCAAACAACCCCGACGUUAUUCUGCUACCGCCCCUCCCGCAACAUCCAUGCACCCUCGUUUUCUGCCAUUUGAUAAACCCCAAGAUUGUAUCAUCCGUUCAAGGAUAUUCCCUGAUCAUAUCAUCUCAAUUUUGUAAAUAUACGCGCGUGAAAUGAUCAUUUAUUGGUUGAGACCAAUGCUCCAUGUUGCAACAUGGAGAUAUAAGAGAGACUCAGUCUUAGUUUAGUACUCUUGGGAAGAAAGUGACUCCAUCUGAAAAAAUUAUUACCACGUUAGAUUUGAUCGAAUCAAAUCAUUUUACAGAUAAUUUUUCUUAAAUUGUAUACAAAUAACUCAGAAAGUUCUCCACUUGAGUCAAUAUAUGUCUGCUUGUUUAUAUUCAUAUUUGCAAUCUUCCAAUAAAUGUUGUAGUGUAGGUGUGUGAAAAUCUCGUUUCAGACCAAAGAGAUCAGUCAUCAAGACAUUCUUAACUUAAACUCCAGUUCUUGUUUGUCCACAGUCACUGUUGAUUGCUACAUGUACUUGAAUCCGAGGUGGUUUUCUGUGUGUUUUCACAGUUGUAUAAAGGGUUUAUUUUAUUGUUGGGUAAAAUUUUGAUUUCAGUGCUUAUCUGAAUUUUUGGUGUUUUUCACUUAGUGAAAAAGUUACCUUUUUUUCUCGGACAGCAACAAGAAACCAUUCUUUGCUUUCACGAGACUAAAUGGCUUUUUUCCAGCCGCAGUUGUCCUGUUCUUGAUUGAUUGAGACUGCUUUAAAUGAGUGGGGUUGGUUAGCCCUUCCAUCCUAUCCUGUGGUUUCAGACAUUUUAUACAAGAAUUUUUGAGAUCCCAUGUUGCGCAAAAGGGCCUGUGACUUGAACUGAUUAGUUUCUUUUUUUUCUUGAUCUUUUCAGGUCAUUACAUCUGAUGAAAAAAAUGAAUUCUUUACUGCUGUUCAAUGUCCUCAUUGUUUUGUCUCAGUUGUGUGGUUUUGUUUUGUGUAAGGAGUGUACCAACAUUCCAACUCCAUUGACAUCACAUACUUUCAGAUAUGAAUUAAUGACAUCCCAUAAUGAGACAUGGAAAAAGGAGGUGUUUGCUCAUUACCAUUUGACUCCUACGGAUGAUUCCGCCUGGCAAACUUUAUUCCCAAGAAAGAUGUUAAGGGAGGAAGAGGAACCCCAUUGGGCUGCUAUGUAUAGGAAAAUCAAGAAUUCUGGUGGGGCUAAAGGGAUUGGAGGGCUGCUGAAUGAAGUUGCAUUGAACGACGUGAGGCUUGAUCCUAGUUCGUUGCACGGACAGGCUCAGCAGACUAAUUUGGAGUAUUUGUUGAUGUUGGAUGUGGAUAGAUUGGUGUGGAGUUUUAGGAAGACGGCGGGUUUGGAGACUCCUGGACAGCCGUAUGGCGGCUGGGAGUCUCCAAAUAUCGAGCUCCGUGGUCAUUUUGUAGGUCACUAUAUGAGUGCCUCGGCACAAAUGUGGGCUAGCACUCACAAUGACAGCCUCAAAGAGAAAAUGAAUGCUGUGGUUUCCGUUCUAUCGGCUUGUCAGGAGAAAAUCGGGACAGGGUAUCUUUCGGCUUUCCCCUCGGAAUUGUUUGACCGUUUUGAAGCAAUAAAGCCCGUUUGGGCGCCAUACUACACGAUUCACAAGAUAUUGGCAGGCCUUUUGGAUCAGUAUACUCUGGCUGGCAAUGAUCAAGCUCUGAAAAUGACAACAUGGAUGGUUGAUUACUUCUAUAAUCGAGUACAGAAUGUGAUAUCAAAGUACACACUUGCAAGGCACUGGACAUCGUUAAAUGAGGAAACUGGAGGCAUGAACGAUGUUCUUUACAGAUUAUACAGCAUAACGGGUGAUCAGAAACACUUGAUAUUAGCUCACCUGUUUGAUAAACCGUGCUUUCUAGGAUUGCUAGCUGUUAAGGCUGAUGAUAUAUCCGAAUUUCAUGCAAAUACUCACAUUCCAGUGGUUAUUGGAUCUCAAAUGCGGUAUGAACUUACCGGUGAUCCCCUGUAUAAGGAAAUAGGAACAUUCUUCAUGGACACUGUUAACUCUUCUCAUAGCUAUGCCACCGGAGGAACAUCGGUUGGGGAGUUCUGGUCUGAUCCAAAGCGUUUGGCUGACACUCUACAGACUGAGAAUGAAGAAUCAUGCACCACUUAUAACAUGCUCAAGGUUUCGCGGCACCUGUUCAGGUGGACCAAGGAAAUGGCAUACGCAGAUUAUUACGAGCGAGCUCUAACAAACGGUGUAUUGAGCAUCCAGCGAGGAAAGGAUCCUGGAAUAAUGAUCUACAUGCUUCCAUUAGCCCGAGGUGCUUCUAAGGCCAAAAGCUACCAUGGAUGGGGAACGAAAUACGAUUCUUUCUGGUGCUGCUAUGGGACAGGAAUUGAAUCGUUUUCAAAACUGGGAGAUUCGAUAUACUUUGAAGAGGGAGGAAAGCCUCCAACUCUUUACAUAAUCCAGUACAUAAGUAGCUCUCUGAAUUGGAGAUCAGGAAAUAUUGACCUGAUCCAGGAUGUAGAGCAAGUUGUUUCAUGGGAUCCACGCCUUCGAGUUUCAUUCACAUUUACAUCAAACGAGCACGCGGCAGGUGGGGUAGCAUCAACCUUGAACUUCAGAAUACCUCUUUGGACAUAUUCUGAUGGUGCAAAGGCAUCGUUAAACGGCCAGGAUAUGCCCUUAGUAACUCCAGGCAAUUUUUUACCGGUCACUAGAUCUUGGAGCGCUGGCGACAAAAUUACUUUUGAACUGCCUAUAAGUUUUAGAACCGAGGCUAUUAAAGAUGAUCGGCCAGAAUAUGGUUCUAUUCAGGCAAUAUUCUACGGCCCCUACCUUCUUGCCGGUCUUUCCAGUGGCGACUGGGACAUAAAUGCAAAGUCAGCUACUUCAUUUUCAGACUGGAUCACUCCAGUUCCAGCUGAAUACAAUUCUCAUUUGAUAUCUCUGUCCCAAGAAUCCGGGGAAUCAGCAUUUGCCGUCACAAACUCCGACAACUCACUGACAUUGGAAAAUAUUCCUCAACCAGGAACCGACUCUGCUGUCAGCUCAUCGUUUAGGCUGAUCUUGAAAGAGCCUGGACGGGGAAACUUUUCAGGGCCGGGAGACGCCAUUGGGAAAUUAGUCAUGCUGGAAUCAUUCAACUUGCCAGGCAUGUUCAUUGUGCAUUAUGGAGAUGGGAAGAAUCUUGGAGUGGCUGGUUCCUCAGACGCUGGUGGUUCCGUUUUCCGCAUGGUUGCUGGACUGGACGGCAAAAAUACGACUGUGUCGUUGGAGUCUGCAGACAAGAACGGUUGCUUCUUUUACAGCGAUGCGGGCUACAAAAACGGGACGAGCAUCAAACUUAGCUGCAAUUCAGGAUCAUCAUCAGAUGAAGGAUUCAAACAGGCUGCAAGUUUCACAUUGAGAAAAGGAUUUAGUGAGUAUCAUCCCAUCAGCUUUGUUGCAAAGGGUGUACAGAGGAACUUUCUACUGUCUCCGUUGCUUAGCCUAAGGGAUGAGUCUUACACUGUCUACUUCAAUAUUCAUUCUUAGUACUGAUUCAGCAGUGAGAUUGCAAUGGAAUUUCAUAUAAUAAAAAAAUAUUUAAAAAAGAAUGGUAAGUAGAACAAUUUUCUUGAUUGUA